GGAAGUAGUGUUAGCUGUCUGCGUGACUGAGCUGGAGGUUGGUUAUGUUGUUGUGUGAGCCGAGUGUGAGAGCUGAGUGUGUGAGCUGUGGCAGUAACAAUGUCUUCAGUUCAGUAUCUGAGAGAGUUUAUCAACGAGCGACUAACUGCUGCUGCUGAACAAAUAUUCUUGGAGUUUGAAAAAACGAUCGUCCAGUACGAGGAAGAGAUCGACCGUCAGCGCAGACUGCUGGAUAUCACCUGGAAACCCCAAAUCAAGCUGCACAGGACAGAACUCCCACAGCAUUAUGGCUGUAAGAAGACGAGCUCCAGUGUGGACCAGGAGGAACCAGAACCUCCACAGAUUAAAGAGGAACAGGAGGAACUGUGCAGCAGUCAGGGGGGAGAGCAGCUGGGACUGAAGGAGGAGACGGAUACCUUUAUGGUGACUGCUGCUGAAAGAGAGCACAGUGAACCAGAACCACACAGGGAGCAGCUCCUCUCUCAGGAUCCUGAUACAUUAAUGUUUAUUCAGUCCAAAUCUAAAGAAAUAUUAGCAGAUAUUAAUGAAUCUGUCCAGUACGAGGAAGAGAUCGACCGUCAGCGCAGACUGCUGGAUAUCACCUGGAAACCCGACAUCAAGCUGCACAGGACAGACGUCCCACAGCAGCAUGUCUUUAAAGAGGAGGAGGUUCAUACUGACCAGCACCUCUGGAACCAGGAGAGGAGCUCCAGUCUGGACCAGGAGGAACCAGAACCUCCACAGAUUAAAGAGGAACAGGAGGAACUGUGCAGCAGUCAGGAGGGAGAGCAGCUGGGACUGAAGGAGGAGACUGAUACCUUUAUGGUUACUGCUACUUAUGAGGAAAGUGAACAGAAUGACCCAGAAUCAAACAGCAAUCAUCUCCUCUCUCAUAGCUCUGCUGUUGCUGAGAGCCAAAAUCAGGAAGGAAGCAUGGAUGUAGAUUCAGGGUCAACUAGAAAUAGAAACAAAAGUCAAAACAAUGUAGUAGAUUCCCCUACGUCAAAGAAUCAGUGUAACUCUGACAAAUGUAAAAAGUCUUUAGAAUGUGAUAUAUGUGGAAAAGUUUUUAAGCAGAAUUAUGAAAUGAAAAGACAUUACACAGUUCACACAGGUGAGAAACCGUAUUUUUGCAAAACUUGUGGGAAAGGUUUUACUCAGAGGGGUGCUUUGACUUACCACAUGAGAAUUCACACAGGUGAGAAACCAUAUUCUUGUAAAACAUGUGGGAAAAUGUUUGCAUACAGUAGCGAUUCACUGAAGCACAGGCGAAUUCACACAGGUGAGAAACCAUAUCCUUGUAAAACCUGUUUGAAAAUGUUUGCCUGUAGCAGUUCUUUAUCUAUCCACAUGAGAACUCACACAGGCGAGAAACCUUAUCAUUGUAAAACAUGUGGUAAAAUGUUUGCAUCUAGAAAUUAUUUGUUAAAGCACACGCGAACUCAUACAGGUGAGAAACCUUAUCUGUGUAACAGCUGUGGGAAAAUGUUUGCAUGUAAUAGUUCAUUAUUGAAGCACAUGAGAACUCACACAGGUGAGAAGCCUUAUACUUGUAAAACAUGCGGGAAAAUGUUCAGAUGUAGUAGUCAUUUAUUAGUGCAUAUAAGAACUCACACAGGUGAGAGGCCAUAUCAUUGUAAAACUUGUGGGAAAAUGUUCAUGUCUAGUAGUCAUUUGUUGCGCCACAUGAAAACUCACACAGGCUAGAAGUUGUAGUCUUUGUACAGAAAAAAUAUUGUCAUGGAAGCCAAGCUUGAAAAAACUGCACUUAGAACACUUGAAAAUGUGUAAGUUUGUUACAUGUGAGAUAGGUCUAACCUUUUCCUGAA